AUGACCAAACAGUGUGUUGACCCUCUAGCGGACGAGCUCGCACUCGAUUGGGGAGACGGUACGAUAUACUGCGAAGCGACUUGUGACCCCGAGGAUGUCUAUUACGAAGGAUCAGACGACGAAGAUUACGAAAGCUCCGCUGUCCGAAAGAUUCGAUACGAAGCAGCAGGCCAGCGAUUUCUUGAUGGCAAGACGCCACUCAUUUUGACUGCAAUACUGAAAGGCCCCUUCGAGCCAAACGAAACAAACUGGGUGAAUCCUUGGCGGUCGAAGCACCGUACAGCUGAGGCUUCUGCAAGAAUAAGGACAUCCCCUGGGAAGCUGUCAAGGUCAGCAAAGGUCAAGCGAAAGUCAACAAUACCAGAAACCGUCCGUCAGCCCCACGAUAGUCUGGAAUGCCACCUCCCGAGCCCCGAAAGCCUAAACCAGACAUCUGAGACUGAACCGCAUCCUUACCUAGAACAAGAUGAACUGGUUAAGGUCCAGCAAUGGAGGGAUUCUGUGAAGUUCGGAGAGGAACAAAAGGAUCGAUUCUGGGCGUCAACCCCACAAACAUCAGCAUCCGAGAGAAAGAGAAAAGCAAAUGGUUCUUCCUGGUUGAAACUUUUGACGAAUAAGCGUCAACGAACAGAUGUUAUGGAGUCGGGUUCUGUCGACACUCCCAUCCGGCCGAAACCUCAACUUCCAAGUUCAGCUGCCCACGCGAAAAACGCUUCUUUUACGAGUGCCCCCGGCCACUUGCCAUCUUCGGCCGUUACAGCAGAACGAUAUAUCUCAAACGUCCAGGAAGAGGCUUCAGAGGAUGAGCUAUCUCGUGAUGAUGCUGAAUCAGACCAAGCUCCCGCGGACUCGUCAUCACCCUUGUCGCACUUACAGUACACUCCGGUCCUGGACCCAGAAGUCAAUUUCGUGUCACAAAGCACGUCUGGCCAACAAACACCGAGCAAGGCUCCUAUAUCCCGACAGCAGCUCAUCUCUAGGCAAUCUGCCCUAGAGCCACAGAAUACUGCAAAGAACAUUCUUGCCAUUAGCCCAGCUUUUGAGACACAGGAAGAUGAAAGCUUCUGCUUCAAAAUGCGGCAAAAGCUCAAUCAGGACAACAACGCUACGCCGGACGAAGAUGAAUCUAUGGCAGAAGGUGCUGAAGACACUUGGUCUGGCCUUUCUUCUCACGACCAGUAUAUGGAUAGUAUCGUUUCUAUCUCGGACUUGAAGGCCAGUACCCCAACAGAGGAGCUUGUUGAUCCACAGACCUCAAAUUUGCCGGUGGAUACAGCUAUGUCCGGCACCGCAAAUUUAUCCUCAUCGUCAUCAUCGGUUUCCAGUAAAGAGCUCGACGAGCCAAAGCUCCCUGAGGAAGUCACACAUAGCACUAUCGAUAUUGCCAACAAGCCACCUUCUGUCACUGAGCCUACAGUUUCUGAAUUUGAGCUUUCUAAAAAGUCUCCUCGAAGCUCGACAACAUCGCCUGUAGGAACUUGUGCUCAAGAAACGCUCGACGAAGCUCAGAGAGGCGAUGAGGUCCAUGAUGUAGAUAUGCAAGAAACAACGGAGGUUUCGGUAAAGACCAUUGCUCCAGAACCACAUGGCGCAGCUCAGCAGGAUAGUGAAGCUCAAGCUAUGGAUAUUCAAAUGACACCGAGAGAAAGAGACAACCCGACUGCGAUUGAUGGUCCCGGAGGCAGUGAAACUGAAUCAGCAGAUGAUUCUGAUGAAGAUGCCGAGGGCGAGGAGGCUAGUGAGGAAGACACCCUAGAGGCCAAACCACCAUCAGUAACUUCCGACAACACGCCGCAAAUCGUGAUUAUACAAGAAGCAGAGACAACACCGUCUGGAACAUUGGAACAUGGAGAAUCAGAUUCCCAAUCUGUUCCUGCAUCUUUUCCACAACAGACAUCGUCAAGCAGAAGAAAUAUUACCUUGGCAGGUCCAGCCUCCAGUCCCGUGAGGGUCUCUGAGAAGGAAGCAGGAGCGAGAUCGACCCAAUCGACACCCGGGAUGGCAAACAGCCGUCAAAUUUUCAACUUCAGUCAGUCAUGGAAUCACGACGCUUCUCCAACUAUUGUUAAUACUCCCAUGUAUGAGCAAUCUUUAAAACAGCGGCCAAGCCCGUCGCACUUGAAAGAAGAUGCCACAAUAUCCUUCUCUCAACAAAGCCCAUGGGUAGCAAACAAAUUUUCUCAGUAUGCUACACUCUCUCCUGGUUCUUUGCUCGUAAGAGACACAGAAUCAGUGCAAACGGGAACUCGUCACGCUAUCAUUCCAGCUAGUCCAGUAGAGCAAACGCCUUGGACAGAUGAGACGGCGGAACUGCCUGUCGACCCUCCGCAGCGUACACCUAUUGUUGAAAAGGGGGAUCAGCAGGUGUCACAUGAGUCCACCACACCAGUGGUCGAGACUGAAGCUGACGCAGGGGUUCACGAGGAGUAUAUAGCAGCGACUCCCGCUGAGGCAGCAACGCCUGAGCCUCAAUUCUCAGUAAGAUCAUUCGCGUCUUUCGGGAUGUUUUCUCCAGAGCGUAAGGCUCAGCAAGCUAAGCGCGCCGCUUGGAGGAAGUCGGAGUCUGGCCUCCCUAGCACGCAAGCCAUCUUGGCUUCCGCGACCAAGAAUCCUUGGGAAAGCAAUACUUCUGAGCGUCGUGUCUCUUUUGCACCUUUGCCUGAUAUGCAAGGCCCAGAAUCGAGCAUGCCUGCAACGCCGUGCCCUUCUCUUUCCAGACGUCAGGGCUCUCCGCCACCCGAUACCCCUACGUCUGAACUACCUACAUCAGAAGGCGACAAGUUUCAGAAGCACUUCAAUGCCGUCGCGCGGGGACCUAUCAUACGUCGCCAUCACCUUCUCUUGCCAUCAGAGUCCCAGCGCACUGUCGGUAGCCCCUUGCCGGAUGCAAUGGCAGAUGCGUUCCUUUCAGCUGAUCAGCUACGACAACAAAAUACUCUCAACGGUCCUGCUAAGAGCGAUCGUGAGUCGGACGAGUCGCAAGAUCCCUUUGACAUGGUCGCGGACAUCAUGCGUGAGGAAUUCGACCAAGAUAGUAGUAUGGAUGUCACGAUACAAUCACCUGUCAAAACUCAGGGGCAACAGAGUCCAUGGUAG